AUGACGCUCAAUCAAACGACAGGUCCCAACCUCCGAGAGCAGCUCAUUGUGAGUGCCCACCGAUGGCUUAGCACAAUGAAUGACUUCACUCCAGACGCGAUGGUCUCACACCGCACCGAGGAAUGUGUCACGCGUCCCGCGCCGCGCUCGCUUGGCUUUGCACCGCUAAACAACGGGCAGCUUCGGGCCUUCUUCAAGACACUCACGGCGCAGAUGAAGAAUUUCAACCUCGCCCUCAUGCCCGGCGCCGUGCCCAUCGUGGAUGAGCGCCUGCGAAAGGUCGUCAUGCACCUUGCGAGCUAUGCUGAGGCGGCAUGUGGCCUUUAUGAGAAUGAGUACAUGGUCGUACUUACCUUUAAUGAGGAGGGGACUUUGCUACGGGAUGUUAUCGAGUUUGCAGAUAGCGAUUACUGCGUCAAGUUUGCUGAGAGGCAGGCGGCGGCGGCAGAAUCGACAUCCAUAUAG